ACUAAAAACUAAAUUCACAAGCAAAAACAAUUAUGGCUUCAAAUACUGGCAGUAAAACAAGUGAGAUAUUUCAAGGUCAAGUUCUCUUGUACAGAAAUUUGUAUGGCCUAGUAGACGCUAUGUGUCUUAAAUGGAUGGCUGAGCUUGGCAUUCCAGACAUAAUCCAUAACCAUGGUCAACCCAUCACGUUUCCAGAGUUGGUGUCAACUCUACAAGUUCCACCAACUAAAGUUAGUGGUGUCCAGAGUCUCAUGCACUACCUAGCACACAAAGGUUUCUUUGAGAUAGUAAGAAUCCAUGACAACGUAGAAGAAAAGGAAGCAUAUGCUCUCACUGCUGCAUCAGAGCUUCUUGUCAAAGGCAGUGACCUUUGUCUAGCACCAAUGGUUGAGUGUCUUCUUAACCCAACUUUUGCAGAUUCAUUCCAUCAGUUGAAGAAGUGGACUUAUGAGGAUGAUCUCACACUAUUUAAUAUCUCCUUAGGAUCACCUUUGUGGGACUUUCUUAACAAAAACCCCGCAUUUAACAAGUUAUUCAAUGAAGCAAUGGCUAGUGAUUCUCAGAUGAUGAACUUGGCGUUGAGAGAUUGCAAGGCGUUUGAAGGACUGGAAUCCAUUGUGGAUGUUGGUGGUGGAACUGGAAUCACAGCCAAGAUUAUCUGUGAGACAUUUCCUAACUUGAAAUGCAUUGUGUUGGAUCGUCCACACGUUGUAGAGAACUUGUCAGGAAGAAACAAUUUGACAUAUGUUGGUGGGGACAUGUUUAAAUCUAUUCCCAAGGCUGAUGCAGUUCUAUUUAAGUGGAUUUUUCAUAAUUGGAACGACAACGAUUGCAUGAAGAUACUAGAAAAUUCUAAAGAAGCUAUUUCAAGUGCAGGAAAAAAAGGAAAAGUAAUUGUCAUAGAUAUUGUGAUAAACGAAAACAAAGAAGAGCACGAAAUUACUGGACUUAAGCUCAUGAUGGAUGUACACAUGGCUAGUGUUAUUAAUGGAAAAGAGAGAAGAGAAGAAGAAUGGAAAAAACUCUUUGUGAAAGCAGGAUUCCAAAGCUACAAAAUAUCUCCUUUAACAGGGUAUUUAUCUCUUAUUGAGAUUUAUCCUUAAAUAUAAUGUUGUGAUCCAUUUAAUAGUCUACUU